AUGGCCAUGUUACCUCCCGCAGAUGCAGACGACCCAGCACCUCUCUUCUUCUGGCAAGCUGUCAUCACCGAACCGAAUGGCCUCUUCGACAAUAACACGUUCGACUCAUUUGACAAGCUCGAGGACGCCCUGUCCUCCCACCGCGCCGCCUUCUUCAUGAGCCAGGUCGACUACGAGUUUACGCUGCCCAUCAACGAGGGACAGCAUGCCGCGCUGUGGCAUCCACUCGAGACGGUUCCCUCCAACUGGGUCUGCCUCAUCCGCCUAGGAAAGGUCAAGGUAACACCUCGCGAUACACCCUCCCAGAUUAGAAGCAGAAGGAUUGGCGGGAGCUAA